AUGUCGGAGCGCGGCCCGGAGCCGCGGCGGCGCUGCGGGAGCAGGAGGAGGAUGGCGGGGCUGGUGUGGAAGUGGCCGCGUACCCGCCUGCCCGUGGGCGCCAGCGCCCUGGGCGUCUUCGUCCUCUGCUGGCUCUACGUGUUCCCCGUGUACCGGCUGCCCGACGAGAAGGAAAUCGUGCAGGGGGUGCUGCUGCAGCAGGGCAAGGCGUGGAGGAGGAACCAGACUGCGGUCGCCCUGUUCAGGAAGCUGCUGGAAGAAUGCUGUGACCCUGGGCAGCUCUUUGCUAUGACAAAGAUGAAUUCCCCCAUGGGAAAGAACCUCUGGUUUGACGGGGAAUUUUUAUAUUCUGUCACAAUUGACAAUGCAACUUACUCUCUCUUCCCACAGGCUACUCCCUUCCAGCUGCCACUGAAGAAAUGUUCCGUGGUGGGAAACGGUGGGAUCCUGAAAAAGAGUGGCUGCGGCAAACAAAUAGAUCGAGCAGAUUUUGUCAUGCGGUGCAACCUUCCUCCUCUAUCCAGUGAAUACAGCAAGGACGUUGGAUCCAAAACCCAACUGGUGACUGCAAAUCCCAGUAUAAUUCAAAAAAGGUUCCAGAAUCUGCUGUGGUCCCGAAAAGCCUUUGUGGACAGCGUGAAGGUCUACAACCACAGCUACAUCUACAUGCCAGCCUUCUCCAUGAAAACGGGGACAGGACCCUCCCUGCGCGUCUACUACACCCUGGAGGAUUUUGGUGCCAAGCAGACAGUCCUCUUUGCCAACCCCAACUUCCUGCGGGACAUCGGCAAGUUCUGGAAGAGCAAAGGUAUCCACGCCAAACGCCUUUCCACGGGACUCUUCCUGGUCAGCGCUGCCCUCGGGCUGUGUGAGGAAGUGACAAUUUACGGCUUCUGGCCCUUCUCGGUGGACCUGCACGGGAAGUUUAUCAGCCAUCACUACUAUGACAAUGUCCUGCCUGACUCGGGGUUCCACGCCAUGCCGGAGGAGUUUCUACAGCUCUGGUUCCUUCACAAAAGCGGUGUACUGAGAAUGCAGCUAGAACCAUGUGAGGACCCUCUAACCCAGCCUUCAGCCUGAAGAUCAUAAGAGUCAGUUCGGGAGAUCAAUAGUUUUUAAUUUCCACGCUCUCCAACAGAGAGCUCUGUUUUAUGUUAGUUGUUUUUAAAGGGAUCUGCAUGGACCAUAAAAACGCUACUUGAAGGCCAAAUGGAAUAUGUCCUUAUUGUUUAGUGCUUUAUGGAACUGGGAGAGGAUGAAAUGUAUCUCUCCAUCAAGUCCAUUCAGCAGCUGUGGGGAAAAAAAUGUCAGAAGCAGCACAGCUGAACUUUCCAGGGAUGUUUUUAAGUGACAAGUGUAAAAAGGGCAUUAAGGCUCAGAGAGUCACCAGGCCACUCAUAAGCUUUUGCUGACAGUGCCAAAUAUGACUAUCUCUUCCAAAUUCCAUUUCAUUCCACAUCAGCACCCUGUAGAACUUUCCUUUUUCCUUGCUUUUUUCCCUCUGUUUGUGUGUGUGUGUGUGUAGGACAGCAUGUGUGUGUCAUUGACUCUUUGUUUCUUUUAUUCCUUUUAUUUUUGAUGUGUCGCCCCCUCCACCGAGGAAGGAAAGAGAAAGGCUUAAAAGUCCAAGGAGCUGAGUACCAUCAGCUCCUCUGAAGACUCUUGGGAGAGUGAAGGUGCUAAGAAUCUGGUUAGAAUGUCAUAGGAAUGCCUUGCUACUGGGGAUGGAUAGACCUGUGUGUUGUAGGUAUUAUCAGGAUGGUUCAGGUCAUUGCACUUACAGCUAUGCCAGUGCUGUACUGCAGGCAAGAGCUGGUUAAGGCAAAUUGGUCUGAAAAGAAAACAUGUUACAAAACCAGCAGUGAAGUGCAGCCUGAUUUCAGUGACCCGCUGCAAGAUUUCCACAGUGACUUUCGUAGCAGGGAUGGUUCCUGACCCGUUUUUCUGUCCAGCCUUAGGGAUUAAUUCUGUAUUCAUUUGGACUCCAGAUGUUCAUGGACUGUUGAGGGUAUUUGAGGGGUUCAGUAGAAUGUAGAAUGAGGUUCUUCAUGUGCUUACAGCAGGAAAAUUGCAGAAAUGAAUGUAAGUGUCAUUUAAAAUUAGUCAAAGCUUUGAAAAUCAUUUCUCUGCGUGCGACUUGCUCUUCUGCUUGGAUUGUAAUGUUAGCCUUAAAGACUUGUACUUCUCACACGAGAUUGUCUCUGCUUAAAGAGAGUCUGGGAAAUAAAACAGCCUUUGGGAGCACCGAAAAGCUGCACAGCCAGCAAGAAAAAGGAAAAAAGAGAAGGGCAUGCCUAAUGCAAGGCAGCCCUGCUCGCAGUGGUGAAUCCUGUCAGUGUGCACAGUGCCUGAAGGACUGUUUUAUUUUGGGUUAUUACUUGGGCAGCAGAUGGUCCUCUCACUGUGGAAAUGAGAAAUCAUUUUGUUUGUUUGCUUUGGUUUAGCACUGGAGGACAAGAGGAGAAUCCCAGCUCAGUCUGCAGCGCAAUUUAAGCUGCAAGAUGUUACCACCAUUAACUUGAAAAAUCCAGAUCAGUGUUCUCUUUCUUAUUAUCUUAUUACUGAAAAUCUAGUCAAGGUGGAACAACAAAACUGUCAUCAACUUUCCACAACAACUUCCUGUGCUGUUCUAACUCCAAAGUUCGAGUAUUUUGGGGGAUGUGUCUUCUCAAGUGUUGAUAAGGUCUCUCCUUGUAGACUACCAGCUGCAAGUUCUAUAGAUAUAAAUAAUUUUUUUAAAAAAGUGAAAUUCAUGGCUCUUCUUUAAAUAUGAAUCGUUCAACUCUCUGUGUAGGAAACUGGGGAAAAAAUAGUCAUGUUUUUUUUUUUCAAACCUAUGUUUCAUAAUAAAAAUAUUCUUUUGGAAUAUGGAUAUUCCAAGCAUAAAGUGGGCACUGUUUUGUAGGAUUACAGGGCAAUGCUAAAGGGUAAUGUGGAGAUUUUGGAGUGUUCUAGCUAUUGUUCUGAUAGAAUCUGAAUGUACCUCAUAGCCCAUGUUAUCUUUGUCCAUGUUUUCAUUAAAAGUACAGUCAGCACACUGAUGGAAUAUCACUGAUAAUUCAGUUUCAUUAGUGCAUUAUCUAUGAUGUGGGGACUC